AUGGGAAUUCCUCAUCUUCUAAAUCAUCUCUCCCCUUACGGGGUAUUCGGGGCUCUCAAUGGCGACAGAGUUGUCAUUGAUGGCCCUGCAUUGGCAUACCACAUCUACCAUCUCUGCACAAGAAGCACGUCAGGUUUACCAUCCUACGAUAUACUCGGCAGAACUGCAAUAGGAUGGUUAGAAGCAGUCACUAGUCAUGACAUAUCCAUCUCCGCCAUCUACUUUGACGGAUUCCUCCCAGCAUCAAAAGCAGAAGUCCGUCUCGAGAGGAUACUCAAGGUCUCUUCCUCCCUCAAGAUCUUCCGCUCAGGGUUCCCCAAUGGAUGCCCAGCGAAGCAAAUCGCAUCAACACGUCUCUCACUUCCACCUCUCUUCCCAACCGACGCGCCCAAACGAGACCAGCCCCUGAUCCCACCGCCAGCGUUCCUUGUCGCAGCCAUCGUCGACAAGCUAGAAUCGACCGAAAAGUAUGCCUCUCUCGUCCGCCUGGUCCCCGGUGAAGCAGAUGCCUACUGCGCAGAAGACGUCUUGCGCAACGGAGGAACUAUCCUGACCUCAGACUCCGACCUGACAGUCCACGACUUGAAGACUGGAUCCGUCGCCUUCUUCAGAGACCUCCACAUCGGCACCACAGAGAACGACAAACCCGCCCUCUUAGGCCCCAAAUUCUCACCCACCGAGAUCGCCAAACGUCUACAGCUACCAGAAGAUCAAGGCAUGCGCAGAUUCGCCUACGAGCUCUCCAAAUCUACCCGACCCAAAUUCGCACAAGUCCUCGAAAACUGCAAAGGCGACAUCACAGACCCGGAGGAAUUCCUCGCCUUCUGCACACCAUACGAGACCCUAGAGACCACAGACUGGAGCGCCGUCCCGGUCCUAGGCAGCCUCGACAAGCUCUACCUCGACGCAAGGCUUUCUGAGGUCGUCCUGCAGUGCGUAGGCUACUCCGGGGUAGCGAAGCCGCCCGCGGGCGAAUCCGGGGCCGCGGGCUGCAUGAUGUGUCUCCCGCCCCUGCUGGACUGCCCGGCCCGCGCCAGCGCGUGGGAUACCAGCGCCUCUGUACGGCAGCUAGCGUACAGCCUCACCUGUCUUCUCCGAAAGGGCGCCGUCUCUCAUGUGAGGGAGUACCGGAGAAUGUCAUCUGGCGUGAACCAGGGCAAGUACAUGGCGAUGCUGCCCCGGCCUUGGGUCAAGGACUCGAUGGAUGCCCUCCUCAAGACCUUGACCAAGGCAAAAGCUAGCAUGGGCCAAAAGGAUUCGGCCUGGCAGGCGGUGAGCUUGCAGCUUAUUCUUGCACACGCGCAGGAAGAAGAUAAGCUGGACGCGUGUCUGAACUCCAUCAAGCUGGCUCAAUCGGUAGCGGCAGAAUCGAAUCUCGUUCCCUGGGAUGUGGUGCACUUGUCGGCACAUGUGCACGCGACGCUUUACUCUCUGCGUAUCUUGGCCCAAGUUCUGGACCUCAUGUUCGAGAUCGGAGCCAAAGACCCGAUCCAAGGCUCGAAGCAACUGCGCGAGUUGCUAUCCACGCUGCCAUCCCUCACUGAAUAUCCAUCAGUCGACGGGACAAUGCGCCUUCUUGCGAGUAUGAAAAGUGGCGGUGCGCUGGGCAAGGUUGCCACGGCGCUGGGUAUACCCGCAGACCUCCUUCUGCCAUCAAAAGAAGCCAAAAACCAGAAGAAGAAACGCAAGAAGAUGGCCGAUGCAGAGCCUCGGAUGAGGCCUGAGAAGAAAGUGUCUUCAAAUCCCUUUGAUAUUCUGGGUAGUGAAUAA